AUGGGCAAGCAGGGUCCUUGCCAUCAUUGUGGAAUCACAAGUGAGCAAUUAUUUUACGCUAUUUUUCCUUUGCAGCGUUCAUGAUCUUUCAUCAGUUCUUGUGGGAUGUUCCUCUCCGAGCUUUCCCUCACCGUUGAUGUGAACCUCGUAGCGCAGCAGCCCAAUCUCUCUUCGGCGUUUCCUCCGAUUGUUCUUCAUAUGUUUCCUUCACUUUUCACCUGUUUUCGUCUCUAAAUCCUUGGUUUGUGCUCUUUGAUCCACCUUUUUGUGUUUCUGACGGAGGCAGGGGGGCCCCUGAGGGCUUCUACAUUUGAUCAGCCUGCUGCUGCUUCAUUUCUUCACCGUCUUGUUCCGUUCAUAUUGGUCCUGAAGUUUCUGAUGAAGCAUUUUUACUGUGGAAAAAUCCUCCCUUAUCUGUUUCAGGGUUCCUCCUCACAUCAUGCAGUAGCUCUCCUCUCCUCGCGUUUGUCCUCUCUUUUACUGUCUUUCAGAGGAGAUGGCCUUGUUGAUCUGUAUAGUUCUUCAUAUGCUGCCUGAUUCACUUUGUAGAACUUCUACUAGUUGAAGAGAAAUAAAAAUAAAAUAAAAUGAUGGGCCUGCAGAGGGCUUAUUAAACUCCGAACUCAUGCUUUGGGAUGCAUCUUCUCCCUGUGACGAUCAGUUUUAUGGAAUUAAUCUUUAAAGCUAAACUGUGUUCAGAUUUACAAAGAAUGAAGAUCGUGUCAUUUAUGGAUAUUCAUCUCCGAAUGGAAACAUCUGAUGGAUAUGCUGAGCACUCCUUUGUAUGGUAUUUCUGGAGCUUUGAGUACUGAGCUGGAAGAGAUGAUGCAGGCACUCCUCUUUGGCGAAAUGGGCCGCCAGAGAAGCCAAUCCUUUGCAAUGCAUGCGGUUCAAGGUGGAGGACGAAGGGAACGCUUUCAAACUACACUCCCCUUCAUGCCCGCGAGAAUAUUGACUUGAAGGAUAUCAGGCUUCCUAAAAUCAAACCGAACGAGCACAAGUUGCAUAAAAGGAAGCAGACUGACUGCAAUCUUCAGGCUGAGCAUGAACACGAGAUUACCAUCUCCGAUGAGAACUUCCAUAAGGCUCUGGAGGAGGAUACCAGCAACAGAUCUAGCUCUGGGUCUGCAAUAUCCUAUUCGGAGAGCUGCUCGCAUUUUGGCGGUGUGGAUGCAAGUGAUCCCACAGGUUGUAUCUCCUCUUCUAAGCUCAUACAAGGCAUGAAUUUCAUUCAACUGGAUGUCUUCUGUUUCUUCUUGGUGCUCCAAAGAAGUGCUGGACUUGGAAGGGUUGAGGCAGUGGUUUGAUCAUAACAAGCUUCUUCAAUCUCUUGCGAAUUUUACAUACAAAAUGCUGUUGAUUUGUAUUUCUAUUCAUUGAACCUACCUUCACUUAAUCAGCAAGAAUCCCACACCUCCUGUUGGGUAUUUGUGGCCCGUUUGACAUUUUUCUACCUUUUCUAUCUCAGUCCCUGGUUCAUUAGUUGACGAAAUUUUGGUAGAUAAUCUGGUUUUUUUGCAUGCUGGUUUCCUCUGUUUUAGCUGACAGGCAGAAACAAUGAACUGCCCAGUUCCCAUGUGUGUGCAUUUGAAAGAAGAUGAUGAUUUCACUACAUGAUGGAUCGGGCUUCAUUUUAUUUAUCUGGGAACCUAUGCUGAUCGUUGAAAACUUUUAGACAGCUACUAGCAUAGUGUAAGAUGAAAAUUAGUCAUGGAUGCACUGAGUGUGAUGCUUCUGCUUGUUGUGAUCUGACGCGGGAAUGAAUCAGUGCACAUAUUCUUCAUUCCUUUUGAUGUUGGUUCUAAGGUUAGACACCCAUAUGUUGGUCAAGUAGGCUUUGUGUUGACGCCCAGUAUUGACACCCAUAUGGUUGGAUGAUACAUCCAUCAUCUUCUAGUUCUAAAAGGUUGCAGCCUUCUUAGCAUUCAAGGGCUUGCCAGAGCCAUUUUAAUCGGCUAUCCUUUAGAAAGUCAAUGUCCCUGAGAAAUCUUCUCAAGCAAUUCCGAUUUAUGCUUCUAGUGUACACACCUCUGAAGCACAGAUUCUGGGCGACUGGCAAUAGACUUUUUUCCAGUUGAUAUUCUCAAAUAAGAGAGUCAUCAGUCUUUUCUUCCAGCUGCGAUUUCUUUUGGUGGAAACACUUGCUAAUGAUAUGACGGAUUUAUUUAGUUCUUUGUUUCAAAACUUUGAUCGUCUCAGGUUGCUUAUCUGAUGCUACUGAUCUUUGUCUAGGUUUAUCCUCUCUCAUGCUCAAGUAUCCUCUCUCAUGAUUCUCCACAGUUGGAGCACCCUAGAUGUUGAUUGGAAUCCCACAGCAUAGAAGAGACGUAGAACCCAAGACUUGUUUACUGAAUCUUGUCAAUCAGCUAAAUCAAAUAUUUUUCUUAUCUUUUAUUUGAUAACUCUGAAGAUUGGGUUCUUUGGGUUUUUUAUUCUUGAGAAAUGCCGGAGUUGGACUCUAA